CGGUGCAGCGCGGUUCAUCCCGCUGACACGCCGCACGCACUCACACACACACACAAACCAAUUCACGUGCGCACACACUCAUUCAGCUACGUAUCCCUCUCCGUGUAUAAUUGCAGCCGGAUCGCUUUAUUUACUCACCUUGUUUUUUUUAAUGUCUUCCCUUGUAAGAUGUGGCGCGACCAAGGGUGCACACUUGGCAACGCUCAUGAAUCAGAACUCAUACAUUUACACUUGAAUACAUACACACGUUUGCACUCACCCAGGUAGUGACGUUUUGUCCGACUGUGGCUUCUGAGGGAAAGUGGGCGUAAUACUUCCUGUUCCUUUUUCCUGUUGUUUAUUUCUUCCCAUAAAGGGAGUCAGUCUGCCAGCAAGCUUAAUUGUAUUUUUUUUUAACUAAAGAAAGUAGCUUUGGAAUGGAAGCAGGAUAUAAAUAUAUUGUUUUGUUGGAUAAGUGUUUUUUUUUUUGUGUGUUAUGUAAUAAAAUGAAUGCUCAAUUGUUUGCAGAUUUAAUUGUAGGGCGGGGCUUAGGACUUAUAAGAAGAGCUGCUGGUCCUAUUGAGUCAGUCUGGCCUGGUUACAGAGGAGGUAACAUUGCUGUGCAGCCCAAAAAGGUAUUUUUUUUCUGAGAGGAGGUAACGUUGCUGUGCAGCCCAAAAAGGUAUUUUUUUUUCUGAGGAGGUAAAAUUCAUGUAUGGACUCUGAUCAUUUUUUCGAUUUUUUUCGGCUGCUCUGUAUUUAAUUUUUGGAGGUGUGAAAAUAAAAAAUCAUCACCUGAAGACAUCGACAUGCCCUCCAUGAUUUUUUCACAAUUUUGGAGUCAAGUUUAUGUGGUCAAGGCCCGCCACAGGGGCUGUUAGCAAGAACCCGCGACAGAUGGUGUCAGGAGUGGGAUCAUGGCAUGUCGAAGGAAAACCACCCACCUCUCAAAGCAGAGGACUGGACUGCGCUCCCAGCAGCAAGAGGAGGCUUCCGCAGAAACGGCGUGGGAAACUCAGCCGUCUACCUCUGCAGAUGAGAAGAUGGAGCAGCCACAGACUCAACCUGGUGAGUCAGGGAAGGAAAUCAUGUCUCUGCUGCAAAACUUCAUGGAAGCACAGCAGAAAAAGGAGGACUCGUUGAUAAAAGUUCUGCACGACCUGAAAAGAUCUAUUCAGCCAGCAGUCCGGCAACCUCCACCCCGCACAAUAACAUCGAGUACUGGUUCAGCAAGCAGUCCAAGAUAUCAUCUGCCAACUCCAGCCUCACGUCGACCGCCUGAUUCGGAAUCAUCAUCCUCUCCCUCACCCCCAACAGAGUCCAGACAGAGUCGGUCAAGACAAAGGUUUUUUUGGGAGGGUCAUUCGGAUCCAAAGAUGCUCCCAUAUGCAGCUGGUGAGGACAUAGAAGACUAUCUUAUGCGGUUUGAACGUAUUGCCAAAACUUGGAAAUGGCCAGAGACAGAAUGGGCAUGUCGACUUGUUCCAUUGCUUUCUGAGACUUACAGGCAGCGGUUCCGGUCAACUAUGGUUCCACCUGAUGAAAGCCCUGCUGAGACUUACUCCCGACUGAAGGGGCUUUACCGGCGCUGGAUUCGACCUACACAGCACACGAAGGAGCAGAUUGGAGAAACCAUCGUUCUGGAGCAGUUCCUGCGAGUUCUACCUCCGGAGAUGAGGACGUGGGUGAAGGAACGCGAACCAAAAGAUGGGAAUCGAGCAGCAAAGCUGGCGACACAGUUCCUUAAUGCACGGAGGGGAGGAUCCGGUGCCAACUUCAUCAGCAGGAGCCGCAGAGCUACAUCGCAGCCUGUCCAAGUGAAAGCUACAACAGAACGAGGCAACCGGGACUUUCCAGGUAACCCCUCCCGGGAACCAGACUACCAUCAACCGGGUAAGACCUUUGUUUGUUAUUAUUGCCAACAACCGGGCCACAAAGCCUCUGUGUGUCCGGUGCGUAAAGCUAAGGUCACGGGUGCCUGUUAUCCACCCCGGCUUGAAGAAGGGAAUAUCGAGACUGAAAAUAUUAGCCGGCAUUAUCAAGAAAUAACUGUUAAUGGACAAAAUGUGACUGCUCUUUUGGACACUGGUAGUUUCAUGUCACUCAUAAAGCAGAGUCUGGUACCAGUGGGCCAUAUAGAUUAUGGAAGACAAGGGGACAUUUUGUGCGUCCAUGGUGACAAACAUACAUACCCGAAAGCAGAUUUAACAGUUGUUAUUGAUGAGCAACCAUAUCUGUUGACAUUUGGUGUUAUUGAAAACCUGCCAGUAGAUGUAAUUUUUGGACGGGACUUACCAGUGCUUUUUGACUGGCUGAAAGAAAAACAGUCCACUCAGAUGGGUUCUGAUAAGGAUGUCGAAACCCAAGUAAAUGUGAAUAUUUCUGGUCCAGUGGUCACCAGAGCCCAGGCACAGGCUGGUGUCCAACCAUUACCAGACUUGGACAGUACUUUGUGUGAUGGUGGCACAAAAGGGCCAAGAAAAACCAGGAGCCAACGGCGUUUUGAAAAACAGCUAAGGUUAAAAGAACCUGAUAAGAUAGAUUCAUUGUGGGACAUACCGGAAAACAUUUCUCUUUUACAGCAAGAGGAUGAAAGUUUGAAACCGUUAUUUGUAAAAGCUGAAAGGGAAAAAAAUGGAAAUUGUGUGGUUGAACCCAAGUAUCUUGUUGAAAGUGAUGUGUUGUAUAACAUUGAAAAUGAGUGUAAACGGUUGGUAAUCCCUGCUAAAUGUAGACCUCUCAUUAUGUAUUUAGCGCACACAUUGCCAUGGGCGGGACAUUUGGGUCGUCAUAAAACAUAUCUACGUACCAGUGCACGCUUUUACUGGCCAACAAUGUACAGCGAUAUUCAGACUUAUUGCGCCACCUGCCCUAUAUGUCAAAAAACAUCUGCCACCCGCAAAGCUGACAGGGCAUUGCUUCGUCCCCUGCCAGUCAUUUCUACACCAUUUCGCAGGAUUGCUAUGGACAUUGUGGGCCCAUUAAUAAAAAGCAGCAGUGGCCAUCAGUACAUCUUGGUUGUGUCAGAUUAUGCUACGCGGUUUCCUGAGGCUUUUCCACUUCGAACCAUCUCUGCUCCCCUGGUUCUUCGGGCUUUAAUGCAGCUGUUUUCUAGGGUUGGGAUCCCGGAUGAAAUCAUAACCGACCAAGGUACAAACUUUACCUCCAAGCUGAUGCAACUUUUUUACAAACAGCUUGGCAUUGCUCCAAUAAAAACUACUCCAUAUCAUCCACAAACUGACGGUCUUGUUGAAAGGUUCAAUCAAACCUUAAAAAGAAUGCUCCAGAAGUUUGUGGAUGACACUGGUAAGGACUGGGACCGUUGGCUGCCAUUCCUCCUGUUCGCUUAUAGAGAGGUUCCACAAGCAUCAACUGGCUUCUCACCCUUUGAAUUGCUCUAUGGGUGGGAUGUCCAGGGGCCUUUGGAUUUGCUCCGAAAACGAUGGGAGUCACCACCUGCAUGUAAAAACGAUAAAGGGAUUAUCCAGUUUGUGCUGGAGAUGCGGGAAUGA